AUGUUGACGAUAAAAAUUUCUUUGUUAUGCUUAUUUAUUACAAUAAUAAGUUGUAAAAAUGCAUCUGAAUGGCGUUCAAGAUCAAUUUAUCAAAUUCUUACGGAUAGAUUUUCUCCAUCGAAUUAUACUUAUAAUCGAUGUAUAGAAAAUCCUUUAUCAGAAAAUGCAUCAAGAAAUUAUUGUGCUGGAACAUAUCAAGGUGCUAUUGAUCAAUUAGAUUAUAUUGAACAAAUGGGUUUUAAUGCAAUAUGGAUAUCACCAAUUCCAUCAAAUAUUGAUAGUGAAACAAUGUAUGGUGUUGGUUUUCAUGGAUAUUGGAUGAAUCAUCUUUAUCAACUAAAUAAAUAUUUUGGAAGUGAAAAUGAUUUAAUCGAGUUUAUUAAUGAAGCACAUAAACGUGAUAUUUGGAUUAUGUUAGAUGUUGUUGCUAAUCAUGUUGGACCAAAUGUUUCAACAAAUUAUUUUCCUUUUAAUAAACCAGAAUAUUUUCAUCAACCAUUAUGUUUUAUUCAAGAUUAUGAUAAUCAAACACAAGAUGAAUUUUGUUCAGUUGGUAGUGUUCAACUUCCAUUACCUGAUUUAAAUACAGAAAAUAAUUUUGUUAUAACAACAUUAGUAUCAUGGAUAAAAGAAACAGUUGAAAAAUAUAAUUUUGAUGGAAUUCGUAUUGAUACAUUUCGCCAUAUUCGACAAUCUUUUUGGGUAAAUUAUACUUAUGAAGCUGGUGUUUAUUCAGUAGGUGAAGUGGCAACAUCGAAUACAUCGUAUGUUGGAUCAUAUCAAUAUUUUGCUGAUGGUGUUCUUCAUUAUCCACUUUAUUUUGUAUUAAAACUUGUUUUUACAGAUGAUAAUCCAACAAGACAAUCAAUGUUUACUUUAGAAGAACAAGUUCAACAAAAUGAAAUUUAUUUUAAAGAUCCAACAUUAUGUGGAACAUUUUUAGAUAAUCAUGAUCAAGAUAGAUUUUUAAAUCACACACAAAAUCCUAUUCGUAUUCAAAAUGCACUUGUUUAUCUUAUGUU